CCGGUUGCACGAACGUCAGUUAAAUUUAACUAGCCGUUAACUUGACGUUAACGUGACGUUAAAAUUAACGGCGAGUUAAACGGGUUGCUCAAAAGUUAACAAGCUGUUAAAGCUUAGUUAAGUAUCUAAUUUAACUUACAGAUUUAACUCAGGUUACAUAGGUACAUUAAAUAUUUAACUAAGCAUUAAAAUCAAAAUGGCGAACUUGUUGUUGUUUGGUAAUUUGUUUGCUGGAAGAAAAGUGAGAGUAUACAGGCAGAGAAUAGAGAUGAACGAUUUAAGUGACGAUCAAAUCCGAUCCAGGUUUCGUUUCAAACGAGAAUCAAUUCUGUUUAUCGCAAACCUGCUGCGUGAUGACCUACAAAGGGCUACUAAAAGAAGCCAGUCAAUUGCCGUGGAAACGCAGGUGAUGCUUGCACUUCGUUUCUUUGCUUCUGGGAGUUUUAUGGAAGUGAUAGGGGACACCAUGGGCUAUGAUAAAAGUACGGUGAGCCGAGCCGUGGAGAACGUAACAAAUGCACUGCUUACCAAAAAAGACCAAUUUUUAAAUUGGCCUACGCAAGAGGAAAUUAAAAAAUCAAAGGAGAACUUCUAUUUGCGUGGUGGGUUCCCGGGUGUCUUUGGGUGUAUCGAUGGUACACAUGUGAGAAUACAAGCACCAUCAGACAACGAACCAACUUACGUGAACAGGAAAGGAUGGCACUCCAUAAAUGUGCAAGCAAUCUGCUCUCAUGACGGGAAAUUCAUUAAUGUUGAUGCCCACUGGCCUGGUAGUACGCAUGACAGCCACAUUUUUCGGGCGUCAGAAGUCAGCGCAUACCUCGAAAAUCAUCAUCGAGGAGUAGACGAUGGGUAUUUGCUAGGUGACAGCGGGUAUGCUUGUUCCAGAUUUCUGUUAACACCGUAUCUUCAUCCAUCGAACGCCUCUCAGGAGGGCUAUAACUCGGCCCAUUGUCGCACGCGCAACUCUAUCGAGAGGGUGUUUGGUUGGUGGAAACGAAGAUUUCAUGUGUUGCAUAGUGAGGUUAGAAUGAAGCCCGCGAAAGUCUGUAGAAUCAUUGGCGCUUGUGCAAUUCUACACAAUUAAAGGAAGAGAUGGAGGAUGGUAAUCCUCAACAGGAUAAUGCCGCUGGGCAAUUAAAUUAUCAAGGACCGGAGGAUGGCAGGGCAGUCAGGAACUUCAUUACAAGAACAUAUUUCUAACGUAACAAAUAAAAAUAAAAACCUACAAACAAUUACAUUUUAACACAUGACCUGUGUACUUAUUUAAUUCAUAAUUUUUUUACUCAUCAGAUAAAGCUUGCAAUGCAAGCAAGGCAUUUUCAUUUUGCGCAAGAUUUUGUUUUAAGAGCUCAAUUUCAUGGGUCAACUUGGCAUUCCGCAGCCUCAAGUUUUCAGUUUCAAGUUCUGACCGCUCAAUGUCCUUCUGAAUCUUCGCAUUCUUGAGUCCAAU